AUGUCUGUUUCGCAGUUCCGAGUAACAUGUGAUACCUACAAAAAUAAUAUAUUUGGUGGCUUCUCACGACUGCAACAGAAACAAGAAUUCGUAGAUAUGACAUUUGCAGCUGAAGGCCACUUUGUCAAGGUGCACCAGAGUUUAGUUGCAUUGUGCAGUCCCUACAUCAAAGAAAUGCUGAAAUCAUUACCUGGUCAACAUCCUGUAAUUAUAUUGAAUAAUGUAAGCUAUGAAAUACUUUGUUUUAUAUUGGAAUAUAUUUAUACUGGAGAGGUUGAAAUACCAAGUCAGAAGUUAGACAUGUUUAUUAAAGCAGCAAACAGUUUAAAUUUAUCAGGAAUUGAUAAGUUGGAAAAAAAUUCAAUGUUUUUAUCUGAAGGCUCAACAAAUAAUAAACCAAAAGAAAGAGUGACCACAGAUCACUAUACAAGAAAUGGUAAUGUUACAGAAAAUAUCACAAUAAAUUCUGCAGACUGUAAAUUAAACUCACAAAAUAGUGGCGAACUGACUGCUUUGGAUUCACCUGCUUGUCUAGAAAACUUAUGUGAAUCUGAUGAAAUUCCAAAUGUGAAUAUAGGAUUUGAACAAAGUACAUCAAAUAGUGUUGCAAAGCAAGAUGGAGAGGCAAAUGACAACGAUACCACAACGUUGCAGUUUACAGUAUCAAAUAGAGGUUCACUACAAAUAAUUCUGAAUCGAUAUAUGUAUCUUACACAUCACAAGGCGUACGGAGGUCGAAAACGUCGAUGGAGGUGCAUCGAUUAUCGUCGAUUGCACUGUCCUGCAUUUGUUGAUACUGAUGGUGACACCGUUGUUAAAAGAAAGUAUAUGCAUAGUCAUCCCUUUCACGAUAUUAAGAUAUUGAAAAAGAUUCAGCGUAAUUUGGUGUAUUCAAGUACUGCAAAAGCUUUAAGUAUUUUAAAUGCUACUCAUAUGCAUGACGGCAAUACAUGUAAUGAAGAUAAUAUAAUGGAUGAAAGUGAUUAG